AUGCUUUUUCUUCAUCGCUCCGCUCCGAUGCUCCAUUUCUACAAGCUCUCUUCGUCGCCGAAGCUCCUCCUUUCUCAAUUGAGAAGAACUCAGUCGUUUCUCUCUGCCCCGUCACUCUCCUCUUCGUUUCCCAGGUCAUCGACUUCGCUUCGGGUUCGUCUGUUCUGCCUCGUCCAAUCCAACGGCGGAGGAGUUCGGAGCUUAGCCACAGCAGCCACCGUUGCCACCGACGCGGAUCGUGGCGGCGGAGAGACUUUCUUUGCCGAUGAAGGCGUUUCGUGGACUGCUCUCGGCUUGUCAGACACAAUCUCUCAAGCUCUAUCUAGUGCCGGAUUCAACCGGCCGUCUCUUGUUCAGGCUGAGUCCAUUCCGUCGAUUCUUUCCGGGAAGGAUUCGAUCAUUGCGGCGGAGACUGGCAGUGGGAAAACGCAUUCCUAUCUAGUUCCUCUGAUUCACAAGCUAUCUGCUGCUAGCGGCGGCGCUGUUAGUGGUUCUGCUUCUGAUAAGGGUUUCAAACCUUCCCGUGAAGUUUCUCUUGUUCUUUGCCCCAACGUCUUGCUAUGCGAACAAGUGGUUCGGAUGGCGAAUGGUCUUCGUGAUGACAAUGGCGACCCACUUAUCAAAGUUGCAGCAGUUUGUGGGAGGCAGGGAUGGCCAGUUUAUCAACCAGAUAUCCUUGUAUCCACUCCAGCUGCCCUUCUGAACAACAUUGAACCAAAGAAACAACGAAAGAUGAGCUUCCUUCGUGGAGUCAAAUAUGUGGUUUUUGAUGAAGCAGACAUGCUUCUCUGUGGCAGUUUCCAGAAUCAAGUGAUCCGUCUCAUAAACAUGUUUCGUCAUGAUGAGAAGCUUCUUUCCUGGACAGAUCAACCAACAGCCGAUAAUGCUUCUGAAUUGGACUUGGAGUCUCUGCCUCAGGAUGCCUUGGAACAGGAUGAAGAAUCACAAGACGAUUCAUCUCCAGCUGACAAUGAAGAAAUCGAAAGUCUUUCUGAAGAGGAAGAGUUGGAAGAGACAAAUGAAGCUGAUGGUUCAGUCCAGAAAAGGGGUUGGAGAAGAGUUCUAAGACCCUAUGACCGAAGCAAGCAGUACAUCUUUGUGGCAGCUACUCUUCCAGCUAAUGGAAAGAGAACUGCUGGUGCAGUGUUGAAACGGAUGUUCCCAGAGGCUAACUGGGUCAGUGGAAGCUACCUUCACCGCCAUAACCCCAGAUUGGAACGAAAGUGGUUUGAGGUUACUGUAGAUAGCCAGGUGGAUGCACUUAUAGAGGCUGUGAAACACGGAGCUGAAUCUGAAACGUCUGGUGAUGAUGAUGUUAGUCGAACUAUGGUAUUUGCAAAUACUGUUGAGGCUGUUGAAGCAGUAGCUAAGAUAUUGGAAAGAGCUGGCAUCGAGUGUUACCGGUACCAUAAGGACGCCUCUUUAGAAGAACGCUCGGGAAUGAUUGAUGAUUUCAGGGAGAAAGGUGGAAUAUUUGUGUGCACUGAUGCUGCUGCUCGUGGGGUUGACAUUCCAAAUAUCUCGCAUGUCAUUCAGGCAGACUUUGCAACAUCAGCUGUAGAUUUCUUGCAUAGGGUUGGCCGUACAGGUCGAGCUGGUCAACAAGGGAUUGUUACUAGCCUGUUCACCGAGUCCAAUCGAGAUCUUGUUUCUGCAAUUCGUGAAGCAGAGAAACUGGGACGUCCAGUGGAGACUGCUUUUAGUAGGAAAAGAGGAUUCAGGAACAAACUCAAGAAGAGAGGCAAACUUCAACUCAUGUCGCAGUGA